AUUUUUUUAUUUUUAAACUUUAUUAAAGCAACAUGGUGCAAUACAAGACAAUACACCAAAUAAAUGCCGCCAGGGGGUUUCAACAAUACAGAGUCAAGCUGUCAUACAAAAACAUUGUAAAGUGUACAUAAAUUCAAAGUUUUUAUAGCUUUUAUGUUGGUAGAUUUCUUAAUAGCCUAGACUUAAUAUAUUGUUUGGUUUCAUUUUCAAAGACAAGAAAGAGAGGUUUUUGAUUGACGUAACGACAUUUAUGGAUAUGCCAUUUGGCUAACUGUAUCAUGAGAUUGAUGAUAUAGUAUUGCUUUUCUUUUGCAAAAGGAAAGUCAGUGAAACCAAACAGUAUAUGUUCAAAGCACAGGGACAAAUGAGGUUAAAUCAAAAAAAGAAAUCAGGUUACAAAUAUCUUCCGAUAAUUUAGUUGAGAAAGGGCAAGAACAAAAUAAAUGAAAAACAUCUUCAGGGUGUCCUUCACAGAAAGAGCAGUUUAAAUCUAUGUCUUUCUUAAAUCGUUGUAAAAAAAAAAAAAUUAGAUGGGUAAAUUCUGUGAAUUAUCUUAAAAUAUACUUCUUUAACUUUAUUAUUAAUUAUAUAUCUAGCAGGUAAAUCCCAGAUCUUUUUCCAGUUAAGGUUAUUAAUACGGUUAUUCCAAUAGGUUGUUACAUAUGGAGUUGAUUAGUGCUGUGUUGUUGGGGGAACGGGACAGAAAACAAACAGUUAAUGUAUCAGCUGCUCCUCUCCUCCAGUAUUUACGGUAGCCGUGCUCUUCCAAUCCCGCAGCACUUGCUCCUGCCUGCGGUCACAUCUUGUUGCCAGAACUUCAGUGACGCGGUGACAGUGGAUUUCUGUGUUAUUCAUUCACGCUCUGCGUCAUUUUCUUCAUUUAAUUCGGGUUAUUUUGCGAAACAUCUCACUGGAGGCGCAGGUCCAUUGUUGCCGCAUUUUGUAUCCUUGCUCGCAGCCCUUUUGGAGUCGCUUUUGGCUGCUGUGUUGCGGACGGUCAGAGAGCACUGAUCCAUCAGCCGCCGCUAAGACCUCUCAGCUUUAAGGAUAAGAUUCUUAUUUAGAAACGGUUAUAUAAUCAGGUGUGAUCACACUGGCGUUUUGUGCGCUCGUGUUUCUGUUACGUUUAACAGCUUCUUUGUAUUUAUCCAUUUUAUUCUGUUGUAGCAAGACAAUUCCCGUCCGUGUUCAUGCCAGAUCUGCAGCGCUUUAGUUUUCCAUACCAUAGCAUGAAUCCUUUGUUGGGGGCGAACACGCAUCUCCAACAGCAUCCGCAGCAAAGUCAAGCCCCCGGACACCCAGACUCUCCCUCAGGCCUCCUGCCCGACUCCGUUUUCGGUGGACCGGACCCGACGUCCUUUCUGCUUGGUGAGCAUCCCGCAUCGGGGCCUGAUCAGCCAGGGCCUGACUUCACCGCACCCUCACAGACCUCACCUUACCCUCACUUCCAGCACCGCGCUGUGCCGCAUCCCCCCGCAGCCAUGGCUCUUAGAAACGACCUGGGAUCCAACAUCAGCGUCCUCAAAACUCUCAAUCUGAGGUUCAGAUGCUUUUUGGCAAAAGUGCACGAAUUAGAGCGCAGGAAUAAGAUUUUAGAGAAGCAGCUGCAGCAGGCGCUGGAUGCCAACAAGGGUUGUCAAGGUGGAUGCAGUGAGAGCAGGGGACAUACACAGGAGACAGGUGUGCAGACUGGCUUUGUUGGAACCAUACCGCUCAGGCCCGGCUCCCUCCCCUUCCACAACACCAACAACUCAGCCAGGAGGCCUACAACACUGUUCCCACCACCACUCACAACAACCCUCCCAUCUGCUGCUGCUGCUGAUAACUCCAGCUCAACCCAAACAAAUGCCACUUGUAACCCAGCCAUCACCAUCAGCCAGGCCUCUCCCUGUGUAGACUCCCCUGGCUCUGGCUCUAAAUCUUUUUCCAGCACCAGUGCAGGCCCCGGGAGCUCCACCAACCCUCCUCCACGAUUCCUCCCGGGCACCAUCUGGUCCUACAACCACACCCGCAAGUUUGGCCCUGGUGCGGAGCGCUUGACCAGCCCAGGAGUUUCCUGGGUGCACCCUGAUGGAGUCGGGGUCCAGAUUGACACCAUCACCCCCGAGAUAAGAGCCCUGUAUAAUGUCCUGGCCAAAGUGAAGAGGGAGAGAGACGAGUAUAAACGCAGAUGGGAAGAAGAAUACACGAUGAGGAUGGAUCUGCAACAGAAAAUUGCAGACCUGCAAGAGGACCUGCAGGAGAGUGAAGGCUGUCAGGACGAGCUGGCUCUCAGAGUUCAGCAGCUGAAGGCAGAGCUGGUUCUCUUCAAAGGCCUCAUGAGCAAUAACUUGUCAGACUUGGACAGUAAGAUCCAGGAGAAAGCCAUGAAGGUGGAUAUGGACAUCUGCCGCAGGAUCGACAUCACUGCUCGUCUCUGUGACGUAGCUCAGCAGAGGAACUGUGAAGAUGUGAUCCAAAUGUACCAGGUUCCUAACAACCAUCAUCAACCAAACCAAUCAUCCCUAAACUGCCGCCGGAAACAAACUCCUCUGUCAUUUAACGGGAGUGAGUGUGACGAACCUGUCAGCACCUCCGAAAGUGACGGGGGCAUGGCCAAAGAGGAGGAGCACUGCGGCUCAUCAGCCAAUCAGAUCAAUGAGGAGAUGCAGAGGAUGUUGAAUCAACUGCGUGAAUGUGAGUUUGAGGAUGAUUGUGACAGUCUGGCCUGGGAGGAGACUGAAGAGACGCUGCUUCUUUGGGAGGAUUUCCCAGGAUGCACUCUGCCUCCUGACCCCACCCACCCACCUGGAGAGGAGGACUGUCUGGAAAAGGUGAUUAAUGACACAGAAUGUCUUUUCAAGUCCCGAGAGAAGGAAUACCAAGAGACAAUUGACCAGAUUGAGCUGGAACUGGCCACUGCAAAGAGUGACAUGAACCGACACCUUCAUGAGUACAUGGAGAUGUGCUCCAUGAAGAGAGGCCUCGAUGUUCAGAUGGAGACGUGCAGGAGACUCAUCACGCAGAGUGGAGACAGUGAUUCUGCUGCGCCUGCCUCCACUGAGGACGGUGACCAGAAAGAAAGCGACCGGUCUUCAUCAUCUCCGCCUUCUUCCUCGAGCAAUGGGAGAUCUUGACACUUCCUCACUCCGGCAGUAACGGGGGCUGUGGUCACGUGACCUCCACUGCAUCCAGCUACAGUACCACACCAACGCAAUACACACCUGUAACUUUGGCAACACCAUGUUUACAUACGAACCUCUUUAUUUACUGAGUCAUAUUAAUUAUUUCUGCUGUCCACACAAAUCAGCUUUGAUCUGCACUGAAACUGUGACUGAAUAGCAGAGCUGGGUUUUGUCAUUAGUACUUCCUGCAGAUGUCACUGCCCUGCAGAGGGGAGAGGUCUUCUUAUAGUUGGACCUUGUCAUCUUGUGUUUGACAGCAGAAGUUUAGAAAGAAAGUGAAUCUUGUAAUGGAUCAGAGUCAGAAAGUUGAGGAUCCUGAAUUUAUUGUAAGUAAACGGGCUGAUGUCCGUGCAGUGCUGUAGGCUACAGGAAAGCAUAGCAUGACUUAUUCACUCCACGCACACAGUAAAAUCACCUGAUUAUGCCGGCAUGUGAAGCUCAUCAAGCAAAUUCAUGCUGUAAGGUCACUAGAACCUCAUGAAGUCCACUCCACACAAAAGUACAGUUAACAAAAGUUAACCUGCGUUAACCUUCUUUCACUAAACAAACUAUACGGCCACUCAGAGAGCUCCGCUGAGGUAUGCCCUAUCUCACAGUGCUUGAGGGGGCGUUCACAUGAAUUCCCCCGGUUAGAAACAUUUUGGAUUAUUUUGAGCCCACAUGAAUGUAGCACAAAUGCCCUGUGUUCCUCGUAAUGUUAAUGAAAGUAAAAAAUCUGCUCCAAAAUGCUACAACCUUCAUGAAAAUCACAGUCAACAAACAGACAAACCGAGCCAAAAUAAAGUAUCCUCUGCAAAAGUUAUAAAAAACGGGAAGCGGGAUAGCUAUGGCCUUAAAGAGCUGUAACGUAAAUGUAAAGGUUGUCCUGGAGUCUUUUUCUGAGUUUGAUAUUGAUAAUUAUUAGCGUGAGUCUUUAAAGUCGACUAAGAUGUCCUGAUUCAGCAUUUUACUGCCUUACAGCUGCAGAUUCAAAGCUCGCUCUCUAAAGGCAAACCUUAAGUCAUAAAUAAAUCAUAACAUCUGUGCUUGAUUUAGCAAAACAUUAAGUAGAAAAUUACUAAAACAUUAGUUUUCUAGCAACAUGCCUCCCCCAUCUUGCCAAUAUGAAUUUUUCUGGCUCACCCGAGGUAAAUGUUGAAAUACAUCUACAAAUAAGUUUCUCAUCAUGUCCCAACCUUUCAUUACUUUACCAGCACUUAAAACAUUGUAUGUAAGCAUCUGUGGGAACCGAUUUACACCAAUGUGGUAAGAAAAAGAUCCUGUAAGU